CGUUUCAUUCUAAUGUCAAUCAUUUCAAACAAUUCUUUAGCUUCACGAUCUACUUUGGUGUCAAUAGUAAAAUGCACUUUAAGCCUCUUAUCAGAACAUUUAUCCAUCUACAGAUCCCUUGAUGUUUGCCUCCAGGAUCAGCCAUAUGCACUUUUCUCCUUUUUUCGAAUCCAUUUUCUGCAUCAUAAACUAUACCAUAAACCUUGUUAACGCCGCCGAAAUUCAUUAUAAAAAAGGGAACUGGGAUUGACUUUAAUCCAUUUUUUAUACAUUCAAAAAGAACAUAGAAAAUGCAAUUCAAACUCUUGACCCUCGCUCUCUUGGCUAGCUUCUUUGCUACUGGUUUUACCGCACCUAUCUAUCCUGGCUUAACAGAAGCAGAAAGUAUAUCUAUCAGCCCACUCGUCCAAGUUUUGGGACUUGAAAACCCGACUAAAGAACAAGCUGGUUGUAUAGCCAAGGUUAUAAAAAAUCAUACACCUUUGCCUCUCAAUGGUACGCCUAUACCUCCAAUGGUUGUACAUAUGCUCAACUCCCAGUGGGAAAGAUUAUACCAAAUGUGUCUUCAAAAUCCAAUAGGUUUUAAAUAAAGCGAUAUUCGUGGUGUUAAUCAUGACAUGCAGUGAUAUCUAUACUUAAUCUUCCUUUAAUAAAUAAAGUGUUUAGUAUUUAAUAUGGGAAAUGUAGAGAUGAACUAUAUAUUAAGAGGUUUUGUUACAAUGCUGCUUUGUUAGCUUGACAUUUAAUCAAUAAGUUUGGCAAA